AUGGCUGCAGCCCCCCGUGGGCCAGCCCUGCUGCUCCGCUUGCUGAUCCUUCUGGUGGCCCUCUCAGUCGUGCCCUCUGCCCUGGGACUGCCCUGCCCGGCGGCUUGCGAGCGGACGCGCUGCCCUCCGCGCUCGCCCCAAGCCUGCGCCGCCGUCGGGGGCCUUUUCCAACCCGACCGCUGUGGCUGCUGCUGGGAAUGCGCGGCCGGGGAGGGCCAGCCGUGCGGCCCCGGCGGCCUUUGCGCUUACGGCCUCUUCUGCCAGAGGCCCCCGGGGAACCGGCAGCGGGGCACCUGCUCGUGCGCGGAGUCCACCCUGCCCGUGUGCGGCAGCGACGGCCGGACCUAUCGCAGCCUCUGCCUGCUGCGGGCGGAGAACCAGCAAGGGCGCCUUCGGGACCAGCCGGCUGUGAUCGCCGUGCAGAAGGGCAGCUGCGGAGAAAAAAGUGAGGAAAACAUUUCUGGUGCUGUGGAUACCAAUAGCCCGCGCUACAAGUUCAACUUCAUUGCUGAUGUGGUUGAGAAGAUUGCUCCUGCAGUCGUGCACUUGGAACUCUUCCGCAGGUUGCCUUACACGAACAAAGAGGUGCUGGUGUCCAGUGGUUCGGGCUUCAUUGUGUCCGAGGAUGGUCUGAUCAUCACCAAUGCCCACGUUCUCACUAACAAGCACAGAAUCCAAGUGGAGCUCAAGAGCGGCCACCAGUUCGAUGCCAAAGUCCGAGAUGUCGACCAUAAGCUAGACAUUGCCCUGAUCAAAAUAAACACCAACAUGGUUCUCCCGGUUCUCCUGUUGGGCAGAUCCUCUGACCUUCGGCCUGGUGAAUUCGUGGUGGCUCUGGGCAGUCCUUUCUCCUUGCAAAACACCGUGACAACAGGAAUUGUAAGCAGCACUCAGAGAGAUGGCAGAGAGCUUGGACUGAAGGACUCCGAUAUGGAAUAUAUUCAGACAGAUGCCAUUAUCAAUUAUGGAAAUUCUGGAGGGCCCUUGGUGAAUUUGGAUGGAGAAGUCAUUGGGAUGAACACGUUGAAGGUAACUGCCGGCAUUUCCUUUGCCAUUCCCUCAGAUCGAAUCCGGCAGUUCCUAGAAGAGUCUCACAAUCGUCAGGUGAAAGGGAAGGUCAGACCCAAGAAAAAGUACUUGGGACUCCGCAUGCUUCCUCUCACUUUCAAUCUUAUCCGUGAGCUGAGGCGGAGAGAUAGGGAUUUCCCAGACCUGAGCUCCGGGGUCUAUGUCUAUGAAGUGAUUCCAGGAACAGCUGCUGCAAGUGCUGGCUUCAGAGAUGGUGAUGUCAUCAUAGCAAUUAAUGGGAAAACUGUCACUUCCACCCGAGAUGUAUCGGAUGCUGUGCAAAACACCAAGACCCUGGCCAUCGUGGUGCGGCGAGGAAAUGAAGAUGCCAUCUUGACAGUGACCCCAGAUGAAAUUGAUUAAAAGUUGCCCUUCUCCAGCAAAGGACUG